ACAAGGACCCCGCCGCUGGCUCUCUUCAAGAGUGGCCUAAGUGGCGUCGCAGCGCUGAGUUUGCCCGGGCGCGACGGACUUCGUCGAAGGCCCCCGGAGCCGGUGGGAGCUGGAGGGGUAGCCGGGAGGGGCUCCUGGCAGAGCGGGCGCUGCGGGGUUCCGGAGCCCCCCUCCACUCGGCCCCCGUGCCCCGGCCGCCGGCCCGCUCCCGGAAGCCGUGCAGUGGGUAACAAAGGGCCGGCCCGCCCGCCGCUGCGGGGCCGCGGGGCCCCAGGAGGCCGGCGCAGUUGCUGGGAUGAGCGCGGGCUGGGCCCCGGGUCCAGGUUCGCGGCGGUGAGGGGGGCGGACGGAGAGGCCGGCCCCUCAGUCCUCGCCGCCCGCGGGACUCUGGCGCCCCCGCCGUCCGGGCCGCUUCACCCGGGAGAGCGGCUUCGCGACCGUCCCCUGGCGGCCCUGGCCACGAGCUGCGGGGACCGGCGCUCAGCCCUGGCUGCCGACACCCGGGUUUCUCUGCGGGACUCAGAGAGGAUCCGACUCUUCCCCAAAGUGUCCUGAAGCUCUGUGCGCAAAGCUGCAGAAGCCUGAUGACUUUUGUUUUUUAAUAAAAAAUCUUUGUACGCCUCCAUUUUUAGAAUUUCCCCGAGUUUUAAGUAGUCUACCUCUACGCAUCCUGUCUCUUGCUCCUGGAGUCUUUUUCCUCCUCGGCUGUCAACGUUUUGACGGUCAGAACUAAGCGGGGACGAACGUUUUGUCAUUGAAAGUGUGUCAAAACCACGUCGAGAGAGUAGUCAAGAUGGACAAAAAGUCGUUUGAAAUGGUGCUGGAUGAAAUUAGAAAGGCCGUCCUGACGGAGUACAAGCUAAAGGCGAUCGAGUACGUGCACGGGUACUUCUCCAGUGACCAGGUGGUCGAUUUACUGAGGUACUUCUCCUGGGCUGAGCCUCAGCUGAAGGCCAUGAAGGCACUGCAACAUAAAAUGGUGGCUGUUCACCCAGCAGAAGUGGUCAAUAUACUCAACUGCUUCACCUUCAGUAAAGACAAACUCGUUGCUCUGGAACUGUUAGCUUCAAACAUUGUCGAUGCACAGAAUUCUCGUCCCAUCGAAGACUUAUUCAGGAUCAACAUGUCUGAGAAGAAGCGGUGCAAGAGAGUACUUGAACAGGCUUUCAAGGGAGGCUGCAAAGCUCCUCAUGCUAUGAUCUCUUCCUGUGGGACGAUCCCAGGAAACCCGUAUCCCAAAGGGAGGCCGAGUCGUAUUAAUGGAGUUUUCCCAGGAACCCCUCUGAAGAGAGACGGCGAGGACUGCACCAGUGAAGGCAAGGGGAUAGCUGCGCGGAUCCUCGGGCCGUCCAAACCGCCUCCUUCCACGUACAACCCGCACAGGCCCGUGCCGUACCCGAUACCUCCGUGCCGGUCCCACGCCACCGUCACACCAAGUGCUUACAACAAUGCAGGUCUGGUGCCGUUAGCCAGUGUCAUAGCCCCGGGCGUGCCCCCUCCACCUGCAUACACCCCUAACCCAGCAGGAGCAGAAAACGAAGACCUUUCCAAUCCAUCAAAACCUGCACAGAGUCAAACUUUUUCCGCCCCAGCAAGCCAGCUCUUCGCUCCGCACGGGUCUAACCCCGCCACGCCCGCAGCGACUCCUGUGCCCACCGUGUCCCCAGUCAAGGCAGCAGGCCAUCCGCCGGCGUCGGCCGCCGCCCCCGGGUCCGGGCUGAGCCUGCUGAGCACCGUCCUGCCUGUGUUCCCGGGGCAGGUCUCCGCCGCUCCUGCGCCGCCGCCGCUGGCGCCGAACCCCACAGUCAUCCGGACCCCUUCCCUGCUGGCCGCCCCAGUCACGUCGGUCCACAGUGCCACGUCCACUCCCGUUCCUUCCGUUUUUCCCGGCCUCGUUCCGCUGCCAGGUCCUUGUGCGGCUGCCGCCCCUCGGGCCCCUCCCGCCCCCAGUGAGGCAUUUGCUUCCACGUCUGCCCCUUUCGCGAGCCUCCCCUUCGCGGCGCCCGCAACGGCUGCUCCCACCAGCACCCCGGGCCCUGCGCCCUUGUCGUCGGUGUUCGCAGGUCUGCCCUUGCCGCCAGCCUCCCAUAGCACGCCCCACGCCCCCCACUCUGUGAUUGCCGGCGGGGCCGCCCCCAGCGUGGCGUGUCCCCUCGGGGUCAGCAGUCCCCUUCUGUCCGCUUUGAAAGGCUUCCUGACGUCCACCGACACCAGUUUGAUCAGCUCCUCCGCUCGGCCCGCUGCUGUCACGAGUGGGCUGGCCCCACUCUCCUCGCUGCCCAACCACAACUCAGAUUCCCCUGCACUGGUCCCCAGCAAGGGCUACCUGCCCUCGGCCCUGCCUGUCCGCCAGGGGCCUGCCGCCCCAGGACUGGCCGUGUUCCCAGGCCUGCCCUCCCCCGUGGCCACCUCCACGUCCUCGCCCCCGGCGCUGCCCGUCCAGUCCCCUCUAGUGGCUCCAGCCCCAGCUUCCAGCUCGGGGCCCGGGAGUGCCGGCUCCUCAGCCCAGCUUCUGCACGGCCCGCACGCCGAGCCUGUGCCGCCCGGCCCCGCUGUGACCACCAUCCCUGUGACCAUCAAAACGGAGCCCACGAGUCCCACCCCCUCCGCCUUCAAAGGCCCGUCUCACUCCGUGACCCCCUCUCACGGCACUUUAGGUUUGUCGGGGGCGCUGGGCCACGCGUACCCGUCCACGUCGGUGCCCAUCAGCCUAUCUUCUUGCCUUAAUCCCGCCCUGUCCGGGCUGCCCAGCCUGAGCGCGCCCGUGAACGUCUCCAACCCCCUGGCCUCCGUCGCCCUCGCGGCCCACGGCCCUGCUGCUCCCCUUGCGCCCGUGUUCACCGCGCUCCCUCCCUUUACCUCGCUGACCAGCAGCUUCCCUUUGACAGGGAACCCGUCUCUCAGCCCCUCGGUGUCCCUCCCAGGGGCACUGAUAGCGACCUCGUCUGCGGCCGUCACCUCCGUAGCGACCGCUCACCCCAGCUGCACAGCGGCUGCGCUCUCAGGGCUCCCCGGCGCAGCGCCCGUCUCGGCCGCGCCUUUCCCCCUGAACUUGUCCACUGCCGUCCCCUCGCUUUUCUCCGUCGCCCAAGGGCCUCUGCCGUCCGCAAACACCCCCUACCCGGGCUUUUCGGUCUCCAACACGCCUGGCGUGGCCCCCGCUCUCCCCUCGCUGGCGGGGCUGCAGGCGCCCUCCGCGGUCACCGCGGUCGCUCCGCUGCCCAUCACCGCCACCGCGCCAGCGCCCGUCCUGCCCGGCUUCGCCUCGGCCUUCAGUUCCAAUUUCAACUCGGCUCUUGUCGCGCAGGCCAGCUUGUCGUCUGGCCUCCAGGCAGCGGGCAGCUCCGUGUUUCCGGGCCUCCUGUCCCUGCCGGGCGUGCCCGGGUUCUCCCAGAGCGCGGCGCAGCCCUCCCUGCAGGACCUGCCGCGCGGCCCCGCGGCGCAGUCGGCGUUGCUGCAGCAGGUGCACUCGGCCCCGGCGCUCGAGAGCUACCCCGCCCAGCCGGACGGGUUUCCCGGUUACCCUCCCACGCCGGGCACCCCCUUCCCCCUGCAGCCAGGCCUGUCCCAGAGCGGGUGGCAGUGACCGAGAUUUGUGCUGGCCUUCCGAGCAGCGUCCAAACUGCCUGGGGGUCGCAGGGAACAAUCCGACAAGUGUGCAGUGGGCCAGAAGUCAGAAACCAAGAAAGAGGAUGAUCCUGGGGGAACUGGGAUAAGUAAGAGUUUUAAAAUAGGAUUGCAUUUU